UGUCAUGCUUUAAAUUUGAUUGUAGAUUAAAUAUAGUAUGUGCCUGGUGACCUUUAGAUUUAAACACAUACUGGGUAUGUAAACAACAAUGGCGGAACACAACAGUGUCAGGCGUUGGAUAUUGUACUCUUUAUGGAUCUGUGCAACUCCAGUAUAUUCCUCUACUUUCUACUUUGUUAAAGACCGUAAAAUAUACUCAAAAGCGGAGGAGUAUUGUCGUAAAGGAACUCUCUACCAGGGGGAGCUCGCCGUUCUCUCAUCCAAUCAGGACUGGGACUGUAUACCUCAAGACGUCUGGUUCUGGUCUGACAAAAAAGAAUGCAGAUUAAACAUCUUUAAUAACUUCCGCUGUAGAGAUGUUUCGAUCUUUAAUAGAUUGCUUGGAUUAAAUACAAGACCCUUCCUAUGCAAGACAGAUGAAGACCUGAUCAAAGAUGACUCACCAGAAUACGCAGGUUAUGGGUCGGAUUACUUCUUUGAUGAGGAUGUAUCAAUUUGUACCAGCCCUUUGGUACCCCCGGAGACCACCCCUAUUUUCAAGAGCACACCGAACCCUGAGGGUUCGACGGUUGCAUUCAAUACGACAAAGAAUGAACAAUCUGAACCCGACCACGGUUGGAUAGCUGGUCUUGUAAUGGGCAUCUUCAUAUCCCUUAUAGUUGUUGUAUGUGCAGUUUUCAUAUUCAUAAAAAGAAGGAAUCCAACAAAAAAGAAAAAAGAUGCCGAGGUAAACAUGGAUAACGGACAAACAAACGAACGAAACGAUCGUCUGACGUCAAGGAUUGGUACCGCCUUACAGAGGUGUAAGCAGAAAUUUCAGACUAAGUCUCAGCCGGAAAUGUAUGAGCCACCCGUCAUUGUCAGGCAAGAAAGAGAGUACGACCAACUCUCCCGACCAAUGAUUCCGUCAACGGAAUUAGUUUACGCGGAACCCACGAUGUCGUCUGCUGCAGGGAUAGAACAGGAUGAGUUGGGUUAUCUCGUUUCUCAGGGGAGUGAAACAAAGGAAUACAUGUACAUUGACACGGUAGACAGCGUGGAUGGUUCCCAGUCCUCUCACGAGGGUCUGGACUGCGGAAACCCCGUGUACGAAGUCAUGACGGAUAAAAGAGAGAUAAUAGCUGGUAACUGUGAUAAACAAAUUCAAGACUCAGACGAAACAAGUAGUGCUUCUGGUGUUCAAGCGGUGAAGGUUAGAACUCAUGAAUAUCAAAAUUCGCCAGCAAUAGGGAGAUUGCUGAAGAAACAGCAGGAAAAAUCAGAUCUAGAGACACCAGAAACCGCAAUAUCCAACGGUAUUUACGAUGAUAAGUUCUCAUCUCCACCCCAGAUGGCGUCAGCUGUCAUAAAGGACGAUAGUUUACAAACCGCUACUUCAAAUGAUGACUCGUCAACUGCUACAACAAAGAAAAAUGUGAAAGGCAGCAAUAUCAGAAACAUUAUUUUAAAACUUCAAGGAGCGUCUGAUGCUUAGAAUAGCAAUACCUGUGAUAAAACAUUACAGUAUAUAUAAAAUUAUACACCUUUCACUGCCAAA